UGGCGGGUGUGUGUGUGUGUGCGGGAGCUGCCACCUGGUGGGGGCUGAGCCGCACCACAACACUGGCUACUGCGACGCCUAGCCUCCUGCACCUACACACUUUUCCCACCCACCUCCACUCCAGAGCUGAUCCAUGAAUCACAUAACGUGAGUGGGGCUUUUAGUUUGUGACGAUGGAUGGGGGAGGAGGAGACUCUAGAGGGGGAGGAUGGCGAGGUGGGAACUAUGAUGCAACAAACCAGAUAAAGCAACUGUUGAAGAUCCCUGCAGAGGAACCAGAGAAAGCCAAUGUGGAUGCUCGGCUUCACACUUCCCCGCUGAAUAUUCCCGUACAUAGACAAGGUCAACUUGCAAACGAGCACUAUGAAAGGUCUGGCAGUCCCUCCAAUAAGCCUCAGCGCUGGGAUAACAACAGAUAUCACGAUGGACGACAUCGAGUAGAUGCUUAUGGAAGUCCUGGGAGAACUAAUGUUAUGUAUCGACCUCAAUCUCAAAGAUAUCGUGAUUUUAGGCAAUCUGCAGACAUUUAUGGAAGUCCAAGUAGAAGUAACCAUAGACAGGGAAGUUAUGACCGUGGCUAUGUUGGCAGUCCUCGCAAUCAGCAUCAAUAUCAGCAUCAACAGCAGCAUAGAGGAACUCCUAAGGAUCACAAAGACAUGCGGAUGAAUGGCCCCAGACAGAUAAAUGCCCCAACAAAUUCUCAAGUGGCCUCAGACGCCGAGAGUCCAGAUUUCCGACCUAGUCCUGAAAUUUUAUCAGAACUUGAAGAACAGUUUUUAUUUCCUCUUAAGAAAAAAUCCAUACGAUUCCCGAAGGCGAAGUAUUUCUGCCGUCUCUGUGAUUAUCAUUGUGAUUCUUUAGUUGUUUGUAGAAGACACAUUUCUGACACCAGACACAGGAAACUCAAGGAGUCCAAAGAUGUAGAAACUACUCUCAAGAAUGUGCCCUCAGCCACAGAUGGCCAUAUUGCAUCUAUUGACAAGCUGGUUACAUCCAUUGCUGAUAAGAUGAAAGUUACUCCAGAUAUGACGAAGCAACGGCAAGAAGUUGUAACUCAGCUAAAUGGCCUUCUAGUUAAUAAGGUUGAAGGUUGUCAUUUGGAGAUGGUGGGGUCAUCGGUGAGCGGUUUCUGCUUAAAAACAAGUGAUAUUAACAUAGAUGUUGUUAUGGACGAUGAACUUAAUCCAUCUACAGCUCUUUUAGCCGUAAAAGAAUUGGUUGGAAAAAGUGAUAUAUACAAAGAUGUAUUAGACGAUCUAUCAUCUUCAUUCCCAACCAUGUCCUUCACACAUGCCAAGACUAAUUUGCGUAUGGUGGUAGGGGCAAGCAGUACAUCUUCCAAAUUUACUAAUCAACUACUAGCUGACUAUGCCUCCUUGGAUUCACGAGUGCCAACCUUGGGGGUGGCUUUCAGAUACUGGGCUCAGCUUUGCCAGAUAGACGACCAGACACGAGGAACUCUUCCUCCUCAUGUGUUCCCACUGAUGGUGGUGCAUUUCUUGCAACAACAUGAGCCUCCUGUUCUCCCAGUUCUUCACGAAUUACAUCCAAACCCCAAUGGAGAUGUUUACUUGAGCUCAUCUGAAUUAGGUGAUAAAUGGAAAUGUAAAAACAACGAUUGUGUGGGUAAACUGUGGCUGGAUUUGUUUAGGUUCUACACGGUCGGUUUUAAGAUGUCGGACUAUAUAAUAAAUAUACGUCAAUACCAGCCCAUUACAAGAGCUGAAAAAACAUGGAGUAAAAAAAUUGCAAUUGAAGAUCCUUUUCUGCAGAAGAGAAAUUUAACUAGAACAGUGAGUGGGAACCCUGUAUUCGAGUAUAUUGCGGAUCGUUUCAAGACCACCUACAAGUACUUUGCUAUCCCUCAGUUAUCUUAUGGCCCUCUUUUCCUACAUAUUACCGUCGUUGUCACCAAUAUUAUUAAUCACACCGCACGCGUGCCCCUCUCGGGAGUCACGAGCAAAAAUAAAAGGACCGAUUUAUUGGAGACAAUCCAAUGUGCAGGAAAUUCUUUGAGUGAAGGAUCUUCUGAAUGUGAAAUGGAAAGGACUGAGGACGACAUUGAUGUGGCAAUUGAAGGGGAAGAAUAUGACGAGGAGGACCCAGGAAACUUGUCAGGGUUUGAGGCUGACCUCAGCACAUUAUCUAUUGAGGAAACAUUGGAGGAGCCACAUGAAUCUCUAAGCCCCAAUGGUCUGAGCUCACAGGAAGAAGAAUCAAGUUUAGCAACCUUAGAAGACUUGUCAGCCCCAAUACCUUUUGUGACUCCAAGUCAGGCUGCAAGACUCAUGCUUCAGGUACAAGAAAAUCAAAUUAUUUUGAGGUUUGACGGAAAGGUCUUUACAUUGGGGCAAAAACCACCUUUAAUAUGUGGGUCAUGCCAGAAAGAGGGACAUAGUAAAGCAGAUUGUCGUGAAGAUGAGUUGCCACCCCUUAAGCGCUUGCCACCUAUGAAUGGGCUUUUCCUGAGCCAGCUCACUGCUAUAUUUGAACAGUUAACAAAGGAUUUUGAACCAAGUAUAGAAGAAAUUGAGGACAGGGAUAGAAUAGUUGCUGACUUGGAAAAGUACAUUCGCCAAUUUUUCCGUGGUGUGACACUCAAGUUAUUUGGUUCCUCGGCAAAUGGUUUUGGUUUCCAACGUUCGGAUUUAGACAUUUGCUUGACCUUUGAGGGUAAUCCAUCAGGCGAUGACAUAAAUCAUAUCAAGAUCAUAGAAUCAUUAGCAGAGAAAUUGAAAAGAUAUCGUCAGUGUGGACAUGUGUUUGCCAUUACAACAGCAAAGGUUCCAAUUGUCAAGUUUUCCAUCAGGCAAGCCUUCCUUGAAGGUGACCUCUCUCUCUACAACACCUUAGCCCUGCAGAAUACCAAACUUUUACAUACCUAUGCCAAUAUUGAUCAUAGGGUGAAGUGCCUUGGGUAUGCUAUGAAGUACUUUGCCAAAUUAUGUGAUAUUGGGGAUGCAUCCCGAGGGUCUCUCUCUUCUUACGCUUACAUCCUGAUGGUGCUACACUUUCUCCAGCAGUGCAAACCCCCUGUCAUCCCUGUUCUGCAGGAGUUGUGGGAUCACUCAAAGCCAGCACCUCGGCUAAUGAUUGAUGGAUGGAAUGCUUGGUUUUAUGAAGAUGUGAAAUCCCUGCGGCAUGUGUGGAAAGAUCAUGGCAAGAAUAAGGAGUCCGUAGGACAUUUGUGGGUAUCCAUGUUAUGUUAUUACACCGAGACUUUCAAUUGGAAGGAAAAUGUGGUCACAAUUCGCCAGUUUGCACCAUUGACUCGAUUGCAGAAAUUGUGGAAUUCCCGCUGCAUUGUUAUUGAAGAUCCCUUUGAUCUGAGUCAUAACCUGGGAGCUGGUCUUUCGAGGAAGAGUAAGUUUUGUUCAUUAAUUUUGUUAUUUAUCCUCGAUUACCUAUUUGACUCCAAGCAACUCACUGAUGGUGCUCCUCCUAAUGAUCGAGGCUGCCGCUUUUGUGGGAAAAUUGGCCACAUCCAAAAAGAUUGUCCCAAAAAAAGGCUGAACAUGGAAAAGAGAGAGAAAAAAGAACGGCAAAAGGACCGUCGAGAAACACGAAGAAUUAGUGCCGAGACGGAAGACAGAGAUGGGGAACGACAGAAGCACAUAUUAGAACAAAGCACGUCUCAGGAUGGGCAAGAGAAUGAGAGCAGAGAUGGAACGGAAGGACCAGGAGAACCAACACUGUGCACUGGGAUUGGAGCACUUCAUGGUCUCAAGACACCUGAAGAUGUUGUCACUGGAAAUUCAACGUGUCAGACAUCCACAACAAAACUGGAGCAAUUACAAGCAGCCACCAGCAGAACCACAAACCGCAGCCAGGCGAAAUCUCUCAAUGAAGUCACAGGUCCUCUACCUGCCAGUGGCACUCCAAAUGUUGGGUUGAACAUUACAGUAAAGUCUGGGGUAAAUACCACUCAGAGUGGAGUUAGCAGUGUGCAUCCUGGAACUGAUACUGUGAAACCUGGAAUAUAUACAUCUGAAGGUGAAUCAUUGUUGUGUAGCUUAGGUGAUCCUUUAUCUGUUGUGACUGGACUACGAGUUGGUGCUAGAACUGGGGUAUCUUGCAUUAGUAGCUCAGCACUAAGCAAUUCUGGGUUACCUGCUAAUGUGUUGCUAGGAUCAGCUAAUUUACUUGACUGGGGUGGUACAGAGAAGUCAACUGAGAGUGUAUCUAGUGGAGCUGUUAGUGUGCCUCCAGGUUUUCAACAUUUGGCAAAUGUUUCAGUGGGACUCGCCAGUCAAGGCCAAGCAAUUCCUGACCAUAUCAACCCAGAAAUGAAACUUAAUAGCCAGGGACAUACACUUGUAAGUCAAACUUCAAAACAGCAGGGACCCAGUUACAAUACCAAUGUUAAUAAUAUAUAUCAAAUGGCAAUUAUGCAGCAGAAACCACCACAAAGUCAACAACAGGAACAGCAGCAAGCACAACACCAACAGGAGCAACAAAAACAACAGGAACAGCUAAAACAAAAACCACAGCAGCAACAAAAAAUAAUAGAUCAAGAGAAACAGCAAAGAUUAUUACAGCAAGAGCAACAGCAGCAACAAUCAUUACAGCAGCAUAGACACUGGGAGUACUGGCCAGCCAGUGUCCUAUCUCAGCCAAUUCAGUUAGCAACCAAAUCACAGAAGCAAGAGCCACAAAAACCUAAGACUUACCAGACAACAACUGCAGUCUCAACAACUCAAACUCAGCCACAUCAACAACAAUAUCCAUAUAGCAUCAGUCCAGCUGCUUUGUUUCAUAUGGCAAGUCAGGCUGCUGGGGGUCAGAUGAGUGCAGUUUUGUUGCCAAGUGUUAGUGAGAGUAAUACUAGCAGACCUGGAAUGACAGUCUCUACAGCAUCAACAGUGAGCAGUGGAGGGACUCAGAAUAGUUCAGGUAGUGGGGCUCCCCCUCCACCUGGUUUUUCAGCUCCAAUAGCUGUAAAUUAUCAUAGCCAGCCAGUAGAUGCUGUACAAUUUAACAAACUUAUGAUUCGCUCUCCAUUAUAUAGAUCUCCAGUGACACAGCCUGAUGGACAAUCUGCAGUGUCUAAUACUGCAUCCCAAACAUUUUUAUCUGUUGGUCAGUCCCUAAGUGGCCCUGUGGCAGGAAUUUAUGCUGUUCAGCCAGGAUCAGGUGGAAGUCAGUUUACAAGUAUAGCACCAACUCUUACUGGUCAUAGUCCACAUGCAUUUGGUGACCCAAGUUUAAGCCAGCAGCAGGUACCUUAUGAUACUCGACAUUUUAUAUCUCAGCAAGUAGCUCCAGGUCUCCAUCAAGGUAUACCUCAGGGUUUAGGUGCAACUGUGCCUCAAGGAGUGCCUCAGGGAGUAGCUCAGCGUAUACAAGGAGGCACUGGUGUUCAGUUGCCGCCUCCUGGCCUGACCACCUCUGUACCUCAAGGGAUGAGUCAGAAUGUUCCUCAAGGAGUACCCCAAGGUGUUCAUCAGACCCUUCCUGGUGGAGUCAGUAUGGGCUCAGCACUCUCUCAAGGCAUCCAGGCACUACCCAUGGGACAUGCACUUCAGCAACACCAUUAUCCACAACCAAGUUAUCCCCAGCAAGGUUACCAGAUGACUGUUGCAGGACCAAGUGGUUUUUACCCAGAAUUUGUUUUUGGGGAUCCAGGCCUACAGAAUCCAUCAUCAAGUGGACAGGGCCCACCAACUCUUCCAGCAGAAAUGAUGACAGAAAUGGCCUUUUCACGCCCUGAUGUUUAUGAUGCCCAAAUGCAACCUCUUCCUCAGUAUUUGCCAUCCACUUUGCCGCAGCACCAAAGCCUUAUAUCCCAGAUAACCCAGCCCCACCCAAGUGUUGGCUUAACGCCACAUCAUACACCGCUUUCUGCAACUGGUCCUGCUACAGCAUACACACCUAGUUCUGUUAUUUAUAUAGAUGGAGAGAGGGAUGGGAGCCAGAUAUUGCAAUAGAAUACUAUAACAAAUGGCAAAUUUUUCACAAACAUUGUCAUUUGUUUUGAAUGUCAUGAAUUGCCUAUUAAAAGUGUGGCAUGAAUGAUAUUAUAAACACUACUGGUGUUUGGGAGCUUUUGAACAAAAUUCUGAAUUUCUUCAAUAAUAUUUCCUUCUAAUACAUGUUAAAGAUUGUGGUUAUUCUUCACUCUCAGACUAGGUGGUGGCUUUUGCUUCAGAUAUUACUUCUUAAAAAUUUAUUAGAUAGAUUAGCUUUUCAGCAAUUUUUUUUUAGAAUGGUUUGAAAGGUCAUGCAUCAUCUAGAAUGAAAUGAAUGAUUGAUAUAAUGUGCAAUUAUUUUAUUUUUUAUAAUUGUCCCAAGAGGGAAAACCUUAGUUUCCCAUAAUUUAACUUUUAAAGUGAAUUGUAUAAUUUUAAAUGCAGUUCAGUAUUUAUUACAAAUGCUGUCAAAGUUUUUAAACAAAUGGUACUGUAUUUGUACUUUGUCAGCUUCUAAAAUUUUUAUGAAUAUUAUAUAAAUGUUGAAGAUAUUUUUAAGCUUGGUAGAAUUUGUUUUGUUUUGCCUAAGGUAUUUUUUUAGAAUUUUCUUCAAAUUUACCAGUUGUUUUAAAUAUUGAGCCUUCAGUCUUUAAAAGGGAAUGAGCUUGUUUAGGUUGAUAUUUUGUAUGAGCAGUCACUCUGGUGUUGUCUUAUAUGGCUUGUGGAAGAUAAUUAUGUCAAAAUCAUAUUUGUAAAUUUUCCGACUUCAUUCCAGAACACUGGCCCCAUGUUUGUUGGUGUACCUGACCUUCAUAUUCUAUAAUAAUGAUGAUUUGAGAAAACUUGUGUUAGAUUUUCUGUCUUCUUGGGCCUGUUUUACUUAAUAUUUAUUUUAUCUCUGCAUUCUGUGUUCUCUCUUGGAUUGUUAAAACUGAUUUAUAUUCAAACUAAAAUAACUAUUGACUCUAAGGGUACAAAUUCUUGGGUGUACAAAGUGUCUAAAAGAACUGUUAUCAUGCUAUAAAGUAAAAUGAUAACAAUUUGUAUUUUGAUUAAAUUUAGAAUUUUAAAUAGGUGUGCUCUAACUUAGUGAAACUUGUCCAUAUGUUUAUCUUGAACAUAGAGCAAUACCUGAUUUUUGUAUUUUCUUAUUAAACAGUCCAGUUUUUAGAAAACCCUGUUGAGGACCAUUCAUUCUUAUGUCCAUUAUUAAAUAUUAGGAUGGAUAUACAAGUUUACAUGCAUUUUGUACCUGCCUUCAAGUACCUUUCUGCAUUUCCUUUCCCAGACCAUGGACUGGAGUCUUUUUAUUCUUUAUCAUGAGCUUGUCUGCUGCAUUAUAUUGUCUUCUUUGCUGACACAGCUUGGGUCAUGAUGACUUAAUUAAGGGCUAAAAGUUAUGCAGAGGAGUGGUUCAACAGGCAGUCAUUCAAUGACCUUGUCUAUGUUGCUUUGUGAUUGUACAUUUCUAUAGGCAAUUAACAUAUUUUGGUGUUCGUACCAUUUCAUACAUAUACUUUUUUUUACACAAAAAUUACAGUGAAAUAUAAUUAUACAUUUUCCAGUGUUAGUAAACACACAAGUGGGAGUGAGCCAGCACCAAGACCUCUAAAGUCUGAUUGUGGCAAAUAGUGCCAUUAAAGAAGACCUGGAGUUCUUUUGUGUGUAAUUUGAUGAAAGGACUUUUAGCCUAAUUUAUUUACUAGGCAUUAUUAAUGAUUUGUUCAUUUAUAAAUCUUGAUCUUGGUGUAUAAAAUUGCAGCCUAGUUUUAUUGUAAUUUGUACCAAUGGAUUGCAAACCUUAUCUGCAUAAUGUCUCGGCAAAGACUUCAGUCACAAAGAAUGUUUUAACUUAAGUAAUUAUGUAAAUGAAGUCUUUAUUGUGGGUGUGUGCUGGACCGAUUUCUGAAAUACCGUCCCAUGUGUCGGCUAUCAACAAUAAGCAAUAAGGAUGCCUAGUUCUUGGGUUUAGAACUAAACUCCAGUCUUAUGAGUGUUUAAUUGAUUUCUAUGGUAAACAACAGGCUGAAUUUUUAGUCUUUACUCAGGUUUUGGAGAAAUUAUUAUUAUUACUGUAUUAUUAUUGUUAUUAUAAUUAUUUGAAUUAGAUAUGAGUAGAAGAUUUCAGAAAGUUUCUUAUCAACUCAUUGGACUAUAGUUUUAUUCUGCACUUGGAUGUUGUGCACAGCACCGAGUACACACUAGUGCUAUGUUGAUCUAAUUAAGGAAGCCAGAUGAAUUUUUUUAGAAAAAACAUACAUAUUAGAAUAUUUUGGAAACAGUCAUUCUUAUAGGCAUGUGUUCUUGAGUAUGACCUAACUAGUUUGAUUAAUGAUUCUGGCGUGAAUUUUCAAUAUCUUUUUAGUUUCAUUACUUGUGAAGGAAAUUAAAAAAUUACUUGCCAAAGUUAAUUUUACACUUUCUAUCAUGGGCCUGACAAGUCUUGCAAAGUUCAACUCAAUAUUCUCAGAGGCAGAAGAAAAGUGAAAACAGAUGUGAACACAAGAAAUAUAUUGAAGAUUUGUGAAUCAUUAAUUAUCCCUUUAGGUCAUAUUUAAUAAAAUGCACAAAUAUAUUAAAUAUGUAUUUUCCCAAA